GGGGGAUAAGAUGUCUGCUCAGGACUCUGACACACUGUCGCUUUCCUCUAGAAGACAGAGAGAAAAGCGCAACACACACCUCACACACACAGAGACAGAGAAGCACACACACCUCACACACACAGAGAGACUCACACACAACAACAAAAAACACAUUUCCAACACUCACUCAGCCUGCUGCUUUUCCAAUAAGGAGUUGUCACCGUCCACAGAAAGUGAGGCCAGAGAGGAUGCUGUCAUGAGGAGAGGAGGGUGUCCGGUGAAUGGAGGCAGUUUCUGUCCCACUGCACUCCAAGAAGUCUGUCUCCCUGCUGGUCUCUCUGUCUGGAGGGAAUAAGAGCCAAGCACAGCUGGACUGCAUGGGACCACAGCUAGCCUGGAUGGCUCUGGUUGCAACUGGACCUGGCCUGAGUGAAGACCUUGUCUAAGUUGGUCUAAUUUGGAGCCAAGUUUAGGUGUAGCCCCCAUGCUGGAGCUGGUCUGAGAGGGUCUUUCUGGACCUGGUUUGGAUGGUCAGGAUGAGACCACCUCUCCUGCUGACUGCUGCCUUACUGGCCCUAUGGACCGUUGCCCUGGUGACUGGAGACUACACAUACACAGAUACACACCAAGACAGAGCUGAUGACAGCAACACAGGUGGACACAGAGACACCCAAUCAGACUCCGGUAUAGACGUGCCUCCAAAAGAAUUCCUUCCGGAAACACAGACAGACACAUAUGAUCAACAUCCAGACACAAACCCAGACUCACACCCAAACUCCCAUCCGGACGUACACGAACACCCAGACAGCCAUCGUAUCAGCAGCGGUCUGAUGCAGUGUGGGGAGUACAGCAACGAGGUGUUGCCUAACGGUCAGUGUCGAGUCACAGCCACGCUGCCUCAGCUCCAACGCCAGCACUGCCCAGACAUGUUCCGCUGCACUGACGAAGUGUCCUACUGGCUGCAGGAGAACCAGGAGAGGAAACAGCAGCUGCAGGACCUCCAGGAGACCAUCUCCCAGCUACAGGAGGAACUCCGUAGUCACAGGCACCGAAUCAAGGUCCUGGAGCUACAGGGUGAGGAGAGGAACAACGUGAAUGAGUCUUUAGAGGAGCGUUUCAGAGUGUUGGAGCUACAGUACGCUGAGGCUGACAGCCUGUUGCACACCCAUAGUUCCAUCCUGUUUGAUCUGCAGACUCAGGUCCGGAACCUAACCAUGACGGUGGAACGAGUUAAACGUAACCCCGGCUGCAUGAUCAACAUCGUCAGGACCAGUCCUCUGCUCAGCGCCCAGGAGGCCCUUCACCCAGAGGUGCAGCAUGUGAGAAACUGUCCAAUAGACUGUGCAUCACUGUACUAUAACGGGGUGUAUCGGUCAGGUGUCUACACGGUGGUUCCCUCUCUGAGCUCCCAUCCUGUAGAAGUCUACUGUGACAUGGACACAGAGGGUGGUGGUUGGACGGUGUUUCAGCGCCGUCAGGAUGGGAAGGUGAACUUCAAUAGAGGCUGGCAAGACUAUAAGGAGGGAUUUGGAGAGCUCAGGUCUGAGUACUGGCUGGGGAACGAACACAUUCACCACCUGUCCACCCAGGGAGACUACAGCCUCAGGAUAGACCUGGAGGACUGGACACAUCACCACAAACAUGCCUUCUACCAGAGCUUCAGUAUUGAAGAUGAGGAGAAUCACUACCGGCUGCAUGUAUCAGGCUACAGUGGGACAGUAGAGGACUCGUUCAGCUGGUACCAUGAUAAACAGGACUUCAGUACUCCAGACACGGGGGAUAUCUGCGCUGAGAUCUCACACGCUGGCUGGUGGUACCACCAGUGUUUCUAUGCCAACCUCAAUGGAGUCUACUACAAGGGUGGACGGUACUCCUCUAAAGCCAAGACUCUGCUGGGUCCUGAUGGUGUAGUAUGGUACAGCUGGAAAGAUUCAGACUACUACUCUCUCAGGAAGACCUCUAUGAUGAUACGACCUAGAACCUUCAGACCGCGCCUGUCACCGUGACGACAGCCCGUCGGGACCGUGGGAGACCUGCUGUGGUCGCUUCUGACAUCACCUUGGGAUGGGACGUAGGACUGGAGAAGACAUGAGGAGAACGCUGCAAUGGGAUUGUGUCCAACUGUUCAUGGAGUCUAAGAGAGAGUGUAUGUGCUUUCUUUCUACUUUUGAAAUACUGUUCCCAGGAGCCCUCAGACAAACUGUCAAUCUCUCCCACUGUAGGGUUUACACAAACUGUCAUUCUCUCCCACUGGAGGGACUUACACACACGGUCCUCCUCUUCCACUGGAGGGACUUACACAAACUGUCAAUCUCUCCCACUGUAGGGUUUACACAAACUGUAAUUCUCUC